UUAAAUAGUUUAAUUUGUAGUUAUUACUCUGCCGCAGAAGUUCAAGGUAGUAUGCGGAAUACUAAAAAGAAAGUAGCCGAUGGAGAAAAGAGUCUGAUAGAAGGAGCUGAUUUGCUGGAAGCGUCCGGCAGAGUGAAAACUUUCAAACGAUGGCGCUUCAACAAGGAUAUGUGUAGUGCAAAGGCACUGGCCAGUGCUGGCUUUGUGUACAGUGGGAAGGAUUCUGCCAAGUGUGUGUUCUGCGGGAAGGAUUUGGAGUGGGAGAAGGAGGACGAGCCGAGAAGGGAGCACGAGAAGAGGAUGCCAUCUUGUCCAUUUGUGCAAAUGGGACAGCCAGAGUAUGAUGAAUUGAGCCUGGAGCAGUACUUGAGUUUGAAGAGGGAGUAUGUGUUGCACACAGUGACAGAAGUGCUUCUGAGUCAGGUUAAGGGUAUGGUCACACAGCAGACUACCACUCUGGACAACAUAUGCAGGGUGCUCAAGUACAAACUCACCAACUCCAGCUCUUAGGCAUCUUUCAGUAUGACGUCACCACGGAUACGACUAGCAACUGAAAUACAAGGUGGAAAUUUAUCGAGGAGGACAAGAAAACUUGAUGGCAAUGUUCAGCCCGCAAAUUUGUGGUUGUUUUUGAUUUAAUUGUUUGAUUUGUGAUCAUUUGAUGAUUUUUCGUAGUUAUUAAAUUUUGUUUUCAA